AUGGAUAUCCCUGACCCAGCUCAGAAUCGGCAGAAAAAUGUCUUUGUACUUUGCUUUGAUGGCACCGGCAAUAAAUUCAGUGGCACAGAUGCCGACAGUAACAUUCUGAAGCUGUACCGUAUGCUUGACCGAACUGAUGCAAACAUGUACACCUUCUAUCAGCCGGGUAUUGGGACGUACAUUACUUCUCACUCGAUGCAAACGACAUCCCUCUUUGGUCGAGUUCAUUCCUGGUAUCUCAAAUCCAAAGACUCAGCCAUUGGCUCUUCGUUUGCCGAACAUGUCAUGGGGGGUUACAAGUUCUUGAUGCGGUAUUACAGCUGCGAAGAUGACUUGUAUUUCUUUGGCUUCAGCCGUGGGGCCUAUACAGCUCGGUUCCUUGCGGAAAUGCUCGACCAUAUCGGUUUACUGAGCGCUGGUAACGAAGAGCUCAUAAGGUUCGCAUGGAAAACGUAUGCCAAGUGGGCCUCCAGAAGGAACAAUGGGAGUGCCAGUGCAAAAGAAGAUGAAGCAAAGCAAUAUGAAUUUAUGCGCGGGUUCCGCGAGACUUUCAGCCGACCUGUCCGUAGGAUUCGAUUUAUGGGCCUGUUUGAUACUGUCAACUCUGUCCCUCGGUUUGAAACAGCAUGGAUGCAGCGGAGCAAGUUCCCUUACACUGCCCGAUCGUCUGCCAAGAUCAUUCGACAUGCUGUGUCCAUUGACGAGAGAAGGGCUAAGUUCAGACAGGAUCUCAUCGGCGAGACCAAGCCCAGGAAAGAGAAGGACCAUCCGCACAGCGACCGCCAUGAUCCUAGUAUUGAUGAGAAGGCUCACCAGGAUGAUUGUCGUACACGGCCAUCAAAAGCAGCUUCUCCAAGCCCAGAGCCCUAUGCCAACGAAGUCCAUGGUCAAACAGAUAAAACGAGGUAUGACGAUGAUCCAAAGAAUGAUACGACUUGUAACGAUACCGGUAGUCCGAAGAUGCAAACCAUAAACCAUGCAGGAUACCUAGCUGUUCCGGCUCGGUCUAGACCCACAAAGUCCAGCGAAAGCCUUGCCGCGCCGGUACAGACCCCUAGUAUCGAGCAUCUCCGAGCAAGUCCAGGGGUUUCGGGCAAACCCAGACACUUCCGACGGCGGUGGUCAGAGGCAAGGCAUUCACAAGAUAUCCAAGAGGUAUGGUUCGCAGGAGGCCAUGCUGAUAUUGGAGGGGGAUGGACCAAGACAGCGGGAGAAACGUGGAUGCUCAGCCACGCUCCCCUUGUAUGGAUGGUCCACGAAGCUGAACGAGCGGGCCUCCCACUCGACCCAAUCAAAAUGGCACGAUUGACAUGUAUCCCUCACAAGGUCAGCGACGACGGGACCAAAUACGACGACCCUGAGAGCCACCGAUCGUAUCUUCAAGCCUUGGAAGACAGCUGCAGCACCGGCUUGAUUCACGACUGUCUACAGCUAGGUGGAGGUCUUUCAUGGGCCAACGUCAUGCUGUGGAAGAUGAUGGAGUAUCUCCCUUUCCGACGAAUGGACCUACAGAAGAACGGCACUUGGAAACCCAUUCGAUGGCCAUUACCGAUGGGCGAACCAAGGGAUAUACCCACUGAUGCCCAUAUUCACAACUCGGUCAUCAAGCGGAUGCAACUAGUUCAGGAGUACAGACCGGGCAACUUGAUCGUGGGAGGGGGUGGACGAGGGAUUCGAAAAGCACCAGAAAAGUAUGGUAUAGGUGAAUGGGUCCUUUCCAACAGUGAUGAAGACCACAUCAGACAGACAUUCGUGAGAAAGGGCACAGUAUGUCACCACUAA